UCAAGCUGAGUCCUGGAUGUGGGGGGAAACAGAACAAGAUCCCCCCCCCCCCCGGUUGUGAUUGCAAAAACAAAAAAAAAAAAAUCAAAUAAAAUGUAACGAUUGCACCACCAAGCGCAGCGGAUGGGAAUCGGGAAUAGCAGCAGCAUCCGGGCUGAGAUGCGAGGGCCCGUUGCAAUGUUGCACAUGUGAAAGAGAGAAAUAAGGUCGCCAUGGAAACGCACUUUAAAUCUAUACGUUCCUGUUCACCAUGACUCCCAGUAGAGGAUUCUGGGAUUGACGCGGGAAUAUUUCCCACUGAUGGCCAGGACUGGGUGCCAGCCGCUCUGCUGAAGCAAUGGGAAGCUGCUAUAGCUGUCUGUACAGAGACACCAUCCCAGACAACCACCCAACCAGAUUCAAGGUGACGAAUGUGGACGAUGAAGGGAACGAGUUGGGCUCCGGCUCCAUGGAGCUCACUCAGACUGAGCUCAUCCUGCACACCCGCAAGCGCGACGCUGUCAGGUGGCCCUACCUCUGCCUGCGCCGCUAUGGCUACGACUCCAACCUCUUCUCCUUCGAGAGCGGCCGUCGCUGCCAGACCGGCCAAGGUAUCUUUGCCUUCAAGUGCACCCGCGCAGAGGAGAUCUUUAAUCUGCUGCAGGAGCUCAUGCAGUGCAACAGCAUCAAUGUGGUGGAGGAGCCUGUCAUCAUCACACGCAACAGCCACCCCCCUGAACUGGUCCUGCCACGCACCCCGCAGACCCCCAACACUCCAGCCUACACUGUCCCCGGAUUCCCGAAUGGAUACCCUGGAUACCCAGUGGGAGGAGACGGCUCCUCACACCCCUCGACACGCCACCCCUCCCUGGGAGAGGACUCCACCCACGGGCUCAUCGGCAUUGAGGACCAGGCCCAUACUUACGUGAACACUGCCAGCGCAGAUGGGGAGAGCCAUGGGCGACACUGUGUCCACUCUCUGCCCGAGGUGCGGCCCAACUCUUACCCGGAGAGCGCCAGGGGGGGUGUAGGGCCUGGGGGUCACCCUGGGGUCCACUGCUGCCCUCUGGAGGAGUGCAACCCCCAAGUGUUCCUGCAGCCCCCCACGGGAGAGGUGAAGUUCGUGCUGGGGCCCACCCCUGCCCAAUGCAGGCUGAUGGAGCGGGAAAGGGAGACCCUGGCCAAGCAGCUGCACGUGCACCACCACACGCACCUGUCCGGCGAGGCGGUGCCGGAACUGGACCCCUCUCCUCUGCCCCACGCUCACCCCCACCACCUGCACCCCUCAUACCACCACCUCCACCCCCACCACCCUCACCACAAUAACAACAACGAGCACAAGGAAGGCUGCCAGAAUGCCAGGCUGACCUACGAGAACAUCAACGGUCUGGGAGGGGGAGGGCUGAGGAGGGGAGGCAGCCUGGGAGGUGCUGGAGGAGGAGGCGGGAGGAUCAAGCUGUUCCCUGGCAGCGUCUCCCUCUCCGGGUGCUCCAGCAGCAGCAGCAGUGGAGGGGAGGGUCCCCACUCCCUGCCUCCCUCCUCCUCCUCCUCCUCCUCGCAAGGGUUCGGCUGCAUGGGGGUCGGCAGUGGCCACCGCAAGAUGGCUCUCCUGAACUACGAGAACCUGCCAUCGCUGCCGCCAGUGUGGGAGUACCGCGCCCUGCAGAGGGAGGAAGAGGAGGAGGAGGAUGAAGAGGAGGAGGACGAGGAGGAAGAGGAGGAGGAGGAUUACGAGGAAGAGGAGUACGACGAGUACUCGGAGGGACCCGGAACGCCUAACGGCUACCAUGAUGACGGCGCCGGGGGCAACGGGAGGGAGGUCAUGCGGAACUAUGUGAACACAGACCGCCUGCCGCAGGGAGGCAGGAGGCCAGUGUGCCCCCCAAGAAGGCCGCACAGACCUGGGGAUUUCCACGGAGGAGGAGGAGGUGGUGGUAAUGGGGUCUUUAGCUUCGAUUUCAGGAGGGCUGACCCAUCCCAGCAGCGGCAGCUCAACUACAUCCAAGUUGAUCUGGAUGGGGAUUCUGAGCGUGGGAUGGGAGGGGGCAUGGGUGCAGGAGGAGGAGGAGGCGGCAACCCCCAGCAGCAGCCCCUGCCUUGUGCUGGCCCCCCGGGCCCCCAGCCCCCCCGUCGCAGCGAGUUCUAUGCCGUUAUCGACCUGAAGAAGACCGCCGCCAUGUCCAGCCUGCAGAGGGCGCUGCCUCGGGAUGACGGGACGUCGCGGAAAACCAGGCAUAACAGCACUGACCUGCCGCUGUGAGGAGCAGGCGGCACAGAGAGGAGAGAGAAAGAGAGUGGAAGGUGGAAGGUGGAAGGUGAAGUGUCCCCCUCUCCAGCCUCUUUGCGAUGGUACGGCAGUAUUCGGACCCCCUUUCCAUCCUCCCUUUACUCAGAAGAGGUUUGACCCAUGUCGAGCAGUGAGCUCUGUGACUUACCUACCUGCAACUGUCGGGCGAAACUACGAAACGUGAUUCGUGGGCAGCUUGACGGAUCCAGCUGAAACUGACAAGUUUAGGUCAGCCUAAUGUAAAAGGAAACUUGCCGAUGUGUGUUUGGCCGGCCGUCUGUUCAGGAUUGACCUGGCUGCUCCGGAUCGAAGCUGGUGGCAUGUUGGCAUGGCCCCCGCAGGGGCAGCUUGGUGCAGGCAGGGCAUUGCCCUCGAGCGAGAGGCGUGCCAGCUGUUGUGUACUGUGUGUGACGCACCUUCCAUCCAGCCUUGUAGCUCUCACAAGAUGCAGCAUCCCCUUUUUACUGCCACUGAUUGUGAGCUCCUGUAGCUCGUUAGCUUGAUUUAACAGUGGGGUGAGGGGAAGGGUUUUUUUGUUUUGUUUUAUAAUGGAGUGAAUAGGAAACACACUCUUUGCCACUCAGAUCCAGGGAAAUGCCCCUCUAUGUAUUUAGCAUGAUAGCUAUUAUUUAUUAUUAUUAUUAUUAUUAUUAUUAUUUAGACAGGCACACACACACAACUGUAAGAUCAUACAUGUACACCAGUAUUGAACCACAGUUCAUGCAUGCAGACAUGCAAACAUAUAUUCUACAUCCUUUUUAGUUGUUUUGUUUUAAUUUGAAAAGUAAAACACAGAAAACAAUUCCACAUCACUUCCAGAAUGCAGGGAAGAUCAGUCCAAGUUAUGAUUAACUUUGUUUUGUGUGGGUGGCGGCUGUUCUGAGAUACAUACUGACAAAAAUCAGACACGGGGUGCUGCAUCGUUACCGUUUGUGACCA